AUGAACUUUACCCGGGAGGAGUGGGAAUUGCUGAAUUCAUCUCAGAGAAAACUGUACAGAGAUGUGAUGCUGGAGAACUAUAGAAACUUGGCUUCACUGGGGCAUCAAUUCAGCAAACCCACUCUGAUCACUGAGAUGGAGCAGGAAGAUGAAGUAGAGACAAUAGAGAGAAUUCACCAAAAUACCUGUUCAGAUGGGAUGAUUCUCCUGAAAACCAAACAAUUACAACAUCAACAAGAUAUUUUGGAAAAAGAAACACUCAGUGGCAAGAAGAAGGCACAAACUCAUGAAGGCAAACUCAUUGAAUGGAAUGAGAUUGGUAAAGCCUUGAGCAAGAAAUCUAGCAUUCCUCAGAAAAAGAGAAUUCAUCCUGGAGAGAAACCCCAUCAAUGCCUUGACUCUAGAAAAGCCCUCAGAGAUUGCUCACGUCUUAGGCCACAUAAGAGAAUUCUUUCCGAGGAAAUGUCCCAGGAAUGUAAAAAAGAUGAAAAUGCCUUCACCAAGAGCUCUUACUUAACCAUGAACAAGAGACAACAUACAAGAGACAAAUUCUAUGAAUGCAGUCACUGUGGGAAAGUCUUAAGUUCAAUCUUACACCUUAAGAAGCAUGAAAAAACUCACAUUAGAAAGAAAUCUUUUGAAUGUAGUCAGUGUGGUAAAUUAUUACAAAGCCAUGCAGCUAUUAAGUUGCACAUGAGAACCCACACUGGGGAAAAACCUUUUAAGUGUAAUCAAUGCGGGAAAGCAUACAGCUCAAAUUCUUACCUUACGCGACACAAGAGAAUUCAUACUGGGGAGAAGCCCUAUGAAUGCCAUGACUGUGGGAAAACUUUCAGAGAUAGCUCACUUCUCAGGCAACAUAAAGGAGUUCACUUAAGAGAAAAACCCUACAGAUGUAAUCAAUGCAGCAAAACCUUCUCUAGGAGAUGUAGGCUUACCACGCAUGAGAUAACACAUACUGGAGAGAAACCUUAUGCAUGCAAUGAUUGUGGGAAAACCUUUAGUAUUUUUGCAUACCUUAAAAGACAUGAGAGAAUCCACACUAGAGAGAAAUCCUUUGAAUGUAGCCACUGUGGAAAAGUACUAAGUAGUCAGUCAUCCCUUAAGACACACCUGCGGAUACAUACUGGAGAGAAACCUUACAAGUGUGAUCAAUGUGGGAGAACUUUUAGAGUUAGCUCUAAUCUUGUCAUGCAUAAGAAAAUUCAUACUGGAGAGAAACCCUUCAAGUGCAAUGACUGUGGAAAAUCCUUUAGGGAUCGCUCAUGCCUUAAAGAACAUGUGAGAAUUCAUACUGGAGAAAAACCCUUUAUGUGUAAUGAAUGUGGAAAAGCUUUUAGAGUAAAAUCUUUCCUCAUAUUGCACAAGACAGUUCAUGCAAGAAUGAAACAAUAUGAAUGUAAGGAAUGUGGGAAAGUCUUCAGUGGUUUCUUAUCUCAUAGGAGACAUAAGAAAAACCAUACCAGGGAAAUGAAACCCUUUAAGUGUAGUGAGUGUGGAAAAGCCUUUAGGAGGCAUGUCUCUCUUACAAUACACAUAAGAACUCACACAGGAGAGAAACCUUAUGAGUGUAAUCAAUGUGGGAAAACCUUUAGUGUGAGGUGUAAUCUUACUGUGCACAAGAGAGUACAUACAGGAGAAAAACCCUAUAAAUGCAAUGUUUGUGGGCGUGCUUUCAGUAAACUUGUAUACCUCCGGUGCCAUGAAAGAACUCAUGAUGGAUAA